AUGGGAAGUCUGCCCAGCAGAGGGAAAAGGCUGCCAAGCCCAAGCUCCGGCCCCUGUGUGGAAGGCCGAGGACCUGUGCCUGGGCAAGCAGGGGGGAGCAAGGCCACAGCCGUGGCCCUGGGCAGGUUCCCGGCAGGCGGGCAGGCCGAGCUGUCGCUGAGACCAGGGGAGCCUCUGACCGUCAUCUCUGAGGAUGGAGACUGGUGGACAGUGCUGUCAGAAGUGUCAGGCAGAGAGUACAGCAUUCCCAGUGUCCAUGUGGCCAAAGUCUCCCAUGGGUGGCUGUAUGAGGGCCUGAGCCGGGAGAAAGCUGAGGAACUGCUACUGUUGCCUGGGAAUGCUGGAGGAGCCUUCCUCAUCCGGGAGAGCCAGACCAGGAGAGGCUGUUACUCCCUGUCUGUCCGACUCAGCCGCCCUGCAUCCUGGGACCGGAUCAGACAUUACAGGAUCCAGCGGCUUGACAAUGGCUGGCUGUACAUUUCACCGCGCCUUACCUUCCCCUCACUCCAGGCCCUGGUGGACCAUUAUUCCGAACUGGCGGAUGACAUCUGCUGCCUCCUCGAGGAGCCCUGUGCCCUGCAGAGGGCUGGCCAGGUCCCUGGCAAGAACAUACCCCUACCUGUGACUGUUCAGAGAACACCACUCAAUUGGAAAGAGCUGGACAGCUCCAUCCUGUUUUCUGAAGCAUCUGCCACAGGGGAGGCCUCCCUCCUCAGCGAGGGUCUCCGGGAGUCCCUCAGCUCCUACAUCAGCCUGGCUGAGGAUAGAUCCUUCGACGAUGCCAAGUCCCCAAGCAGAGGCCGAAAGGGGAACCAAGGCUGCAGCACCUAGAACCCCAACUCAGCUCAAGCUAAGCACCCCAAAGGCAAAGCUGUGCACUCAGUGAGGGGAGGGCUGGGACACGGGUAUAGCCAGAGCCCCACCUGUACCCUUUCUCAGCCACCGGAAGUCACUUACCUCCUCUCAGUGCCAUGAUUCCACCUGCAAAUCUAAGUGUGGAGCAGCUGAGAGCAGGGCCUGGCCUCCAAAACAGAAUAAAUCUCCUCUGGGGUCUGACCCAGGCAAUUCCUGAAUUUGGGAUUUCCAGUACCAUCUCCAUCCCCUCCCUGUUGAGUCUCAUUCUACAGC